AGUUCUGGAAGUCCAACCCCAGCAUCCUGGCGGUGCAGAGAUCAGCGAUGCUCAGGAAGCAGCAGCAGCAGCAGCAGCAGAGACGAGGCUCCUCCCACAGCGGGUCAGACGAGGACUCUUCCAGUAGUGAUGAAUCUGACACCUCGAGCGGAUCCAAGAAGAGAGGGAAUUCUGGCUCGUCCAACUCUGGAUCGGGUUCUGGGAGUGAUUCCGGCUCCGACUCUUCAGCAGAAGAAAACAGCAAUGAAACUGCAUCUGACUAUGAGCCGAGUCUGAAAUUUAAGAGCAGAAAACCUCCGACCAAGAUGAACUCCAGAAAUGGAACGAAGAGCAUGGGUCAGAGGAAGAAAUCCCAGAAAUGUUCCUCCUCUGAGGAUGAAAAUAACUUUUCCAAAGUGGCGAGCGGCGGGCCACGGCGGCAGGCCACGGUCAACGUCAGCUACAAGGAGGCUGAUGAGAUGAACACAGACUCUGAUGAUCUGGUGGAGGUGCUGGGUGAAGAUGUUCCUUUGCCUGAGGAGGAGGAGUUUGAAACCAUUGAGAGAGUGAUGGAAAGCAGGCUGGGAAGAAAACGAGCUACAGGCAGUGCUACCACCGUGUACGCCGUAGAGGCCGACGGAGACCCCAACGCCAACUUUGAUCCCAGCAAGGAGGCCGGCGAGGUCCAGUAUCUGAUCAAGUGGAAGAACUGGGCGCACAUCCACAACACCUGGGAGACUGAAGAAACACUAAAGCUCCAGAAUGUGAGGGGCAUGAAGAAGCUGGAGAACUUCAAGAAGAAGGAGCAGGAGAAGAGGAAAUGGUGAGAUUCAGACUGCUGGCCUGGU